UUUUUUUUUUUUAUUUAUAAUUUAUCACUUACAACAAUUUAAUCAUGUCUAUUGACGCUUCAGCAUAUGCAGAUCCUAAUUAUUUCAAAGUCUCUUUACAAACACCAAUGCUUGUUGGUAUUGCAGGAGGUGCUCAAGCUGGAAAAUUCGAAUUAUGUGAAAUUCUUAUGAGCAAGUUUAAAGGAAGUCAUGAAACAAAAGUAGCCAUUAUCAGUUUGACCGACUUUUACCGUGAACUAACACCCGAUGAACGCGUGUUAUUCGAGUCAGGCGACUUCAACCUGGAUCAUCCAAAUGUAUUUGACUUUGACUUGUUAGAAUUUACUUUACGAAGACUAUUACAAAAUAAGGAUGCUGAUAUACCCUUAUGGGAUCAUGCAAAACAUACAAAGGUGGGGGUACGUAAAAUUCAAGCUGUAGAUGUUCUCUUAUUGGAAGGUACUUUGGCUUUGUAUCCUAAAAAUCUUCGUGAUCUUAUGUUUAUGAAGGUAUUUAUUGAUGUGGAUAGUGAUCAAAGAUUAAUUCGAAGAACCAAGAAACUGACGGAAGGAACUGGUAGAACCAUGUCAAUUAAAGAAUUACUAUCUGAAUAUGUGAACUUUGUCAAACCAAUGUUUGAUGAAUUUAUUGCACCAUCUAAAAAGUAUGCUGAUAUCAUUAUACCUCGAGGAUAUGAAAAUCUACCAGCAUUGCAAGUCUUGGAACAUCACCUGGAAGAUCAUUUGCAUACACGUGCCAAAGUAACAUCGACUUCUUCUUCUUCUUCAUUAUCAUCAUCAGCAACAACAUCAUCAUCAUUGGGCAAUUCUUAUCAAAAUAGACACUACAUUUCCCCAGUAGGCAAAAGGAAUAGUAUAGAUGUAGAUCGGACUACUGCUCCUAUUUCUAUCAAAUCAAAUCAUACUGACAUUUUGGCCACCUCUGCAGAAAGUCGAUACAAGGAUAUCCCAGAAUAAAAACAAUAAUGGUUUUGUUUUAUCUCUCUGUUUUUUUAUAUCUAUAUAUAGCAUUAGAUUCAUCAUUCUUCUAUUCAUUCAUUCAAUCAAUCAAUCAAUCAAUAAAAAAAUUACAUUUUAUCUUUUUUUUUUUAAUUUAA